GCCUGCAGGAGUACUGUCCUGCACUGGUGAGCCUUGUGCUACAGUUCGCUGCGGAGUACUCUAUGUUCUUGUCUUUGUUUUUGUAGACUUUUCUUGACACAUUGUAUUCAAACAUUGAAAAUGCAUGACGUGUUGUUGGAAGAGGAGAAAGUUAAGUUCAGGCGUGUCAGUAGCGUGGGCUCAACAUUAAGAAUGCGCGCACUUUAAACUUCACAACUGUACUUGUUCGUCGCUUUCACAUUUCAAAUCACUUUUAUUUUGCGGCUGUCACGUCGCGCUGACGAGCCACUGUCAGUUUCGAUAGCAGAUAUAAAGCAUGUGAAGUGAGCUGUUCGGAGUCAGACAUGGAGGCACCUGAAGCACACUCGGAGAACAGAAACGCAGAGGGCUGUUUUAACAGGACAUUCUCGGCUCUAACUGUGGAUGAUGUGUAUGAAAUAGCCAAACUGAUAGGCACCGAGGUGGAGAAACUUAUCGAUGGCUGUGGCAAAGACAGCGUCGUGGGUCUCGUGCCAAAAAUAGUGAAAGUGUUGGAGCUGCUGGAGAGCUUCGCGUCAAGAAACCAUGCUCACAAACUGAAGGAAGAGGAAUUGCUCAAGACCUUCGAGACGAUACAGCUGCAACAGCAGAAGAAACGCGCCGGGAAAGAAAGCGACGAGGGCAACGAUAAAAAUGAAAUACGGCAGGAGCUGCAGCAGAAGGAGCAGCAGUGGCGGAGGCGGUGUGAGGAGCUGCAGUCACACGUACAGCAGCUCCAGGAGGACCAGGAGGAGCUGCAGAGCAGGCUGAAGGGCAGCCAUGCACAGGACGACCGUGUCCAGCGGCAGGAGCGCGAGGUGAUGCUGAAGCUGAAGGAGGUGGUGGACAAGCAGAGAGAUGAGCUGAGGGCUAAAGUCCAGGAGAUAACCACCAUUUCCAAAGAGGCUGAGGCGCUCCAGGAGCAGUUGGAGCGCUUUAUGAAGAUGAAUGCAGAGCUGCGACACAAGCAGAACGUGCUGCAGGCCCAGCUGAAGAGCAGCGUGGAGAGGAAGGCCGACAUGGAGGCCGACCUGAAGGAGAAAAGCAAAGAGAUAGAAAACCUCCAAACACAGCUGGACAAAACCAACCGCAACGGACCUUUCAGUCCAAGUCAAACAGCUUGUGAGUCCAAGAAAAAGGGGGCCGUUGACCAGAAGGACCCUGAUCAGCCGUGCUUCACCAAGAAGGAGGUGCGGGACAUAAUUUUCGAGAGGAACGAGCUUAAAACCAACCUCUUCCUGGUGCAGGAGGAGCUGAGCUACUAUCAGAGGGAGAUCCUGAACGAGGAGAGGUGUCCAGGUUUCCUAUUAGAAGCCGUCCGCUCUGCGAUUAAAAAGAAGAGAAAGCUUAUCAAGGCAAAGAUGCUCGGAAUCCCAGCAAACGGCUGCAGCAGCAGUGAUGAGGAGGAGAGAAGCUCUCUGUUUGGGCAGACAGAAGUAGAUGGCACUGAAGUUGACGGCACUACCAAACCAGCUGAGUCACGCAUUCAAAACCUCUUUGGCUUCCUAACGCGGUCGGGCAGCGGCCGGAGCACCACCCACAUCAGCAACUCCGCCUCCAGCUGGGAGAUCAUCGGAGACUCAGAGGCCGCUGAUGAGACGGGGCAGCGACCGUCCCUCUGAGCCCGGUACUGACCACAGAGUUCACACUGUGGGACUCCCUUCUUCCCUAAGUCACAAGUUCUUCCUCAACUUGUAAAAGAAAAAAGGGGCUUUAGCUCAGGAAAACGUUUAAGAGGACAUUUGAACCCAGCCCUUCCAAAAUCAUAAUGUAAGUGUGAGGAAAGAGAGAGUGUGAACGUUUUUAAACUAACCUUUUUUUUUUGCUUUGUUUCGAUCACAACUACUUACAUUUCCCUUUUUGUUAAUUUCAUUCAUGGCCUAAGUCCCAUUAUUCUUCCAUAGAAGUGUUAACAAGUAUAUUCAGUAUAUAUGGUACAGUGGGUCACAGUAUUAAGAGGGAUAGUUUCACCUCACCACAAAGAAAAAACUUCCUUUUCUAUGAUUCAAGUUUUAAUAUAAACAUUGCUGUUAUCCGUCAUUGUGAGGAAAGUUUAAAACUGGGUUAUUACGCCUAGAUAUUAUAUGUAGAACCUCAAACAUU